GCGCCGUGAGUACCAUUGAAGAUGGCGACUGGAGUCCUUCAAAGAGUUAGCGGUGGCCUGAGUCGGGCCAAGAGCAGGGCCCAGGCGGCCGGACAGGUCGUCGCGUGGAGCAGGGGAUUUACAACAUCAACCAGCAUAAAUGGAAAGGACAGCUGGUUUAAGUCGCUGUUUGUGAGGAAAGUUGAUCCAAGGAAAGAUGCACACGCCACCCUACUAACUAAAAAUGAGGAAAGUAAUCUGUACAAAAUUCAGUUCCAUAAUGUCAAGCCAGAGUGCCUGGAUGCAUACAACAAGCUGUGUGAGGAGGUUUUGCCCUCCAUCCAUGCUGAUAAGUACUACCCCUGUGAGCUGGUGGGCACCUGGAAUACCUGGUAUGGAGAUCAAGAUCAGGCUGUUCAUCUGUGGCGUUACAGAGGUGGAUACCCGGCUCUAACGGAGGUGAUGAACAAGCUCAAGCAGAAUCCGGAGUUUACAGCUUACAGGAAGGAGCGGGGUAAGAUGCUGAUGUCUCGCAGAAACCAGCUUCUGCUGGAGUUCAGCUUCUGGAACGAGCCCGUUCCCCGAGAGGGCCCCAACAUCUACGAGCUCAGGUCCUACCAGCUCAGGCCAGGAACCAUGAUUGAGUGGGGUAAUUACUGGGCCAGAGCCAUUGGAUACCGCCAACACAACAGUGAAGCUGUGGGAGGGUUUUUCUCACAGAUCGGCAACCUCUACAUGGUUCAUCACCUUUGGGCUUACAAAGACCUUCAGUCCAGAGAAGACACGAGGAAUGGCGCCUGGCAGCAGGAGGGCUGGGAUGAGGUGGUGUAUUACACAGUUCCUCUCAUUCAACAUAUGGAUUCCAGGAUUAUGAUCCCGACAAAGGCUUCCCCUCUGCAGUGAAAUGAGAGCCGAGCUGGGAGCUGAAAUCAAGUGGCACCCUUUUUGAAUGUUACACCCAUCCAGAGCAUCAGUAUCAUUGUUUCAACCUCCCGUCAGUACUGCCAAACAACUUCCCUUCUCUUGUCCUUGCUUCAUCACUUCAGGAUGUCAUAGGACAUAGGAGGCCACAGUGCCUCCCAUGUAACAGCAAUCAAAAUAGUCAAUAACACCUAAGGGCGAUGGCAAUGCACAACCUCUUUAUUAGUUUUCUGGAGCAGGUUGAGUAAAUGUGUCCUAAAAACCAACUGAUGGUUGUUAAGGGCAACGUGCCGCAUUAACACUGGUCCACGAAGAGAGCUCUCUCCAAGUUUAGAACCAUCCAAAGUUACUUGAAAAGAUGUGCAGAUGUGUGAGGACAGAUGGGAAUAAUAGUACCGCACAAUGCAGGAGCUAUUUAUUUAUUAAGUGUGCUGAGCGAGUGGCACUUUGAUGCAAGCCGUGCCAUUGCUGAGUGAGAGAACACCUCUGUAUAUUCAGGUUUGUUGCCAAUUAUGACAAUAAAAGUAAAACAGUGUAAAAUGCAAACCUCAGAAUUUUGUAUCUGAUUGUAGUCUAUUAUAAAUCACACCUUUUUCGGCAAACUACUCAUUUCAAUUGCUUUUUAUGGAUGUUCCCCUGUCAGUUUCAUGGUGCUGUGUUUGUAACUAUGACUUCUACCCUUUUUUCGUGUGAAGACAGCAUGACUAGUUUCAGAAAUGGUUUUAAUGGGGCAUAACUAUACCAUAUGUAUGAUAACCUGUCCAUUAGGUUCGGUGUCACAUAGUAAUAUCUGUAUUGUAAAAGAACUCAUGUUUAUCUUGUCUAUUUGUUCAUCGGUAUAGGGAACAGUGUGGAGGGAAGGACAACACCAACACAGAUUAAAGCAGUUCAACAUC